AGACCUGCGGUGGCUCGGGGUGGAGCACAGAGCUGCGAUCUCUUUCGGCUCUAGGAUGAGCUUGAUUGACGUUGUGGAGUUAUCAAGUGAUGAUGAACUCGGAGAGGUGGAUGUGAAACCUGUUAAGCUUGAGCUAGGUGCUCAAACUGUCAAGAACAAAUUGUGGAAAACCCAACGUGCUAUACAAGAUUCUGAAGAAAAUAGUUCCAGUGUAUUAGACCAAGGGCAGUCUCCUCUGCAUGACACUGGCAUCUCUUGUAUAAGUCUAGCACCACUUUGUCGACAAUUCUGGAAAGCUGGCAACUACAAUGAUGGCAUCGCUUCUAAACCCACAUUUCAAAAUGGCAAUAACUAUCUACAUGUCCACCCCAUGUUUCUCCACUCAAAUGCCACCUCACACAAAUGGGCCUUUGGUGCUAUAGCAGAACUCCUUGACAAUGCAGUUGAUGAGAUCCAAAAUGGGGCCACUUUUGUCAACGUAGAUAAAAUCUCAAAUCCAAAAGAUGGAAGCCCAGCAUUGUUAAUUCAAGAUGAUGGUAAUGGCAUGGACCCUGAAGCGAUGCGCCGCUGUAUGAGUUUUGGGUUUUCAGAUAAGAAGUCGAAAUCAGCCAUUGGCCAAUAUGGUAAUGGCUUCAAGACAAGUACUAUGAGACUUGGUGCGGAUGUUAUUGUAUUCAGCCGCCACCAGGAUAAGAGGACAUUGACUCAAAGCAUUGGUCUUCUCUCCUACACGUUUUUGGUACGAACAGGACAUGAUAGAAUAGUAGUACCCAUGGUGGAUUACAAAUUCAACCCUACAACUGAGACGUUAGAUAUAAUGCACGGCAGAGAACAUUUUAUGUCUAAUCUCUCCUUGCUGCUACAGUGGUCUCCAUAUUCAACAGAGGCUGAGCUACUGAAACAAUUUAAUGACAUUGGAGCACAUGGGACAAAAGUUAUGAUUUAUAACUUGUGGUUUAACAACGAUGGGAGUCCAGAGCUGGACUUCAAUACAGAUCCUGAGGAUAUUCGAAUUAGUGGCGAUACAAAAAAAGUUAAUGCUAGACUUGGAUGGAAAGAAGUCAAUGAACGGCACAUUGCUAACCGUCUCCAUCAUUCUCUCCGUGUUUACUUGUCUAUCUUGUACUUGCGGAUACCAGCAACCUUUCAAAUAAUACUGCGUGGGCGAGUUGUUGAACAUCAUAACACUGUCGAUGAUCUAAAAUUUCCAGAGUAUAUCUUGUAUAGACCUCAAACUGGGGGUACUGUGGAGGGUCAAGUUAUAACAACAAUUGGAUUUCUAAAUGAUGCUCCACAUGUUAGUUACCACGGCUUCAAUGUGUAUCACAAGAAUCGUUUGAUACUGCCAUAUUGGCAGGUUGUGAGCUAUUUGGACAGUAGAGGUCGUGGAGUUGUUGGUGUUUUGGAAGCAGAUUUUAUUGAGCCGAGUCAUAACAAACAAGAUUUUGAGAGAACUUCUCUUUUUCAGAAACUUGAAGUCCGUUUGAAGGAGAUGACAUGGGAAUACUGGGAUUAUCACUGUGGACUAAUUGGGUAUCAGGUAAAGAAAAAGCUCAAACCAGUGACCCCACAAAAUGGCAUUCAUCAAUCUUUCACAUUGGGCCAAGCUUUCCCUGCUCUUGGUAGUAAAAACACAGUACUUGAUAAAUCUGGGCCAUCAAUUCCGAGCGGCUUAAGGAAAUCUGUACCAGGAACAGUGAAGAGGAAAGAACACGAUGAUGUUCUGCCAGUUGAAUAUGUGAAAGGGGCCAAGGUGAUCAAUACUGGGAAGAGUCAGUCUGUACGGGUGAAUCCUACUGGAAAUCCGCUGAAAGAUCAAGAGGCUAAAAAUCUAAUGCAAGAGAACAACAAACUCCGGGCUAAAUGCAUGGAGUACGAGAAGAGAGAGGAGGAAUUAAGUCUCAAGGUGGCACAGCUUAAGAGGGACAUGAAAGAAGUUGAUGAUGAAUACAAUAUAAUGUUGGCCGAAUUAGAAGCAUUGAGGGGUGUGAAGAAAGAAAAGGGAGCCUAAAUCAAUGUAUGUAGUGUUGUAUCUUGUGUCUCUAAUUCUUUCAUUUGUAAAACCUUGUUGUAUCAGUUGAGUGUAGCGUACAAUUUUCAGUCUUUAGGAUGGUAGGUUGACGUAGAAGGGGCCAGUGUAUGAUGAAGAGGAGAAAAGUCCAGGAAAAAGAGUGAUUAAAUCGAGGUGAAAUGGUGUACAGUUGGGCAAGAACAAAUCACAGUAGAUUGUUCAGUUUCGAUUA